GCUUCGAAACCACUAGUCAUAUCACUUUUCACUGUCACGCGAAUAGGUGCAAGUGCUCUAGCCGUGCUUUAGCAGUGCCCUAAAUAUCCGUGUUAAGCCUACCUAACUUACUUACUCAUGGACUUUUUCAUAACGGAAAUGAAGCAACCAACACCCCUAGAACCGGAAAAGGUGGGAUUCAACGAUCUUCCGAUGGAGCUGCUGUUGAAAAUCAUGAAAAUGAUCACGUUAAACGAUCGGAUAGCCGCUGGAGAAACUUGUCGUAGAUGGAUGGAAGCUUCACAUUACUACACACCGUUCAAUGAGUUGCUUAUUUUUCGGUUUACCAACAUCAAUUUCUGCGACAAUGAACCACCAAUUAAGAACUUUCUGGAUGGAUUCAGAAUCUUCCCGAGAAUUGAGAUCAGUUCGGUAACAUUCUACGGAAAUAGUGAGUUUUGGCCCGAUUUCGGAAAAUUCGUUCUGGAGUUGACGAUUAGGAACUGCUUGAUUCGAGAUUCUGAAUUAACAUGGAUACUGCAACAUCUGCCGAAACUUCGAAAACUUAGCAUUGAGUCGUGUGACGAAUUGUUCCGUAUGUGGCAUUUUGAUAAAGCGUUCUAUUGCUGCCAAUCACACUUUGUUCUUGAUGAAUUAGUUGAUGUUUCAUUAGCGAACAACGAUUUCAUCGAUGAGAUGCACUUUAACUGGAUAAUAACGAUAGCUCCUAACAUUGCACAUUUGGAUAUUUCGAACUGCUUCAAAAUGGUAACUGCACUUCGUCGCGUACAAAUGGUUGAUCAUAUUAUGCGAUUUAUCAACAACAAACGCUUUCAACUGGAAUCUCUCAAAUUCAGUGGUACACUAUCGAUCGAUGAUAUUUGCCUUAGCACCCUUGCAAUAUUGGAUGGUCUGUGCAUAACAAGUUUAAGCCUGACAUUUUGCGAUAAGAUUCCACCUGCCAUCAUUGAUCUGCUCAGACGACAACCCGAACUAAAGAUCACUCAAGCACUUCAAUUCAAGGUGAACAAAUCCAAAAAGACCAUAAAGACUCCUGGAUUUAUUAGUUUUCUCACCAGUCAACCGGAUCUGGUACAUCUUGAUCUGUCAUCUUCGCUCGGAGUUACCGAUGAGAUCAUGGAGCUCAUUACUACAUCUUUGCCAAAACUUAAAACCUUAAAACUCAAAAGAUGUAUUCUAAUCACGGAUGAAGGAAUUAUGGAUAUUGUCAAGUUGGAACAUCUAGAGGUCUUAGACUUAUCUAAUUGUGAAAAAAUUUCUGACCGAGCAAUGUUCCACGGAGUAAUCGGUCGCAAAAUAAAACAGUUGAAAGAACUGUAUCUGUGUGAUCUGCCCAGCCUGAGUGACUAUUCGCUGAUACAGGUCACAAUCAAUUUUUCAUUGAUACGAAUUCUCGAUCUUAGCAGUUCACCAAACGCCGCUACGGAUGCCACUAUGCAGUACAUCAAUUUCUAUCUGAUACAUCUCAGGAAGUUAAUUCUGUACUGUUGCACUAAGGUCACGGAUUCAGGACUCAGCGGUAUCGAUCUACCGUACAAGCCGUUGGAGAUAUGGGACAUUUCCGAGUCGUUUUCUAUUGAGCGUUUGUUCAAACUGCGCGUGCUAAACCUGAGUGGGUGCUAUAAAAUUACAGAUCUGGCGCUCCAAAAGGCAAUCAAAUUCAGUGAGCUGAAGGAAUUACAUCUGGCGCGCUGUUCGCAGAUUACCGAAGCAGGUAUUGAAUCCUUAGCCAAGAAUAAUAAAUCCGUUGAGUUUUUGGACCUUAGCGAGUGUUCUCUAGUGAACGACAAAUGUAUAGAUUUAAUUACCACAAACCUUAAACGACUGAAAACUCUCAUAGUGAAUAAGUGCCCGCUGCUAACUGAUGACAGCCUAUACAUUAUCAGUAUGAACUGCCGCUAUCUCAAGUUUCAUUGCAGCACAUUUCGUUGAACGGAUGUCUAAGGUUGAGCCGGAUUGAAGAGCGGUUAUUCCGGCUGCCCACGGUAAAAACUGUCAAUAGUAAAUACAACAACUAGAUCAGUAUUAGGACAAUAAUAAACUUUAUAUAUAAA